CGGCUCGGCGCUGCUCGCUCGGCAGGUUGUCGGUCGUCUGUCGGCACUCGUACACAUGCUAGACUUAUACGUGGAUGGUUGACACUAAAUACCUUUGCGUAUUGUGACUGAAAACUGUUAAUUUUUAUUUAAAGUGUUUCGUCCAUUUCAUGUAGUACAAUAUGUGGCUCAAAAUGAAUAUUCUCCUCUUCUUGCCUCUUGUAGCUUUAUUUUUAUCAUCUGUUAACUAUACCCAUUCACUUGCUGUGAUCAGUGUGGACUUGGGUAGCGAAUGGAUGAAAGUGGCAUUUGUUUCGCCGGGUGUUCCUAUGGAAAUUGUUUUGAAUAAAGAAUCAAAACGUAAGACACCAGCAGUUAUCUCAUUUAGAGGUGAUGAUCGUACCUUUGGAGAAGAUGCCAUUACAGCAAGUGCUCGGUUUCCGAAGCAAACAUAUGCCUACCUCCUUGAUUUAGUUGGUAAAAAGGUUGACAACCCUUUAGUGAAACAGUUCCAAAGAAGGUUCCCGUACUAUGACAUAAUUUCUGAUCCUAUCAGAGGAACCGUUCUUUUUAAACAUGACGAUGGUGUGAACUACAGUCCUGAGGAACUCUUGGGCAUGCUUCUUCACAGAGCAAAGGAGUUUGCAGAAGCUUCAGCUGGGCAGGCUGUGAAUGAAAUGGUGUUAAUUGUUCCUGGGUAUUUCAAUCAAGCAGAACGACAAGCAAUGCUGCAGGCUGCUGAUUUAGCUGGCUUUAAAGUUCUCCAGUUGAUGAAUGACUAUACAGCAGUUGCUCUUAACUAUGGCAUCUUCAACCGGAAAGACUUCAAUGAAACUGCUCAGUAUGUAAUGUUUUAUGACAUGGGUGCAUCGAGUACAACAGCUACUAUUGUGAGCUAUCAAGUUGUGAAAACCAAAGAGAGGGGCUUUGUUGAAUCACAUCCUCAGGCUUCAAUUGUUGGUGUCGGGUAUGAUCGCAGCCUUGGUGGGUUGGAUAUGCAGUUACGUCUCCGGGAUUACCUAGGUCAAAAGUUCAAUGAUGCCAAGAAAACCCCAAAUGAUAUUUUUAAAAACCCUCGAGCACUUGCAAAGCUUUUCAAGGAAGCUGGUAGAGUGAAAAAUGUUCUCAGUGCAAAUGUAGACCAUUUUGCUCAGGUUGAAGGUCUCCUGGAUGAUAUUGACAUGAAAAUUCAGGUCACUAGGGAGCAGUUAGAAGAUUUAUGUCAAGAUCUUCUAGAUCGAAUUCGCAACCCUGUUGAUAUGGCUUUGAAGUCAUCUGGACUUACUAUGGAUGUGAUCAGCCAAGUAGUCUUGGUUGGAGCUGGUGCUCGCAUGCCCAAAGUGCAGGAGCGUUUGCAGGAAGUGGUUAAAAUGGAUUUAGCCAAGAACAUUAAUGCAGAUGAAGCAGCUGCUAUGGGAGCUGUUUACAAAGCCGCUGAUCUGAGCACUGGUUUCAAAGUUAAGCCAUUUUUGACCAAAGAUGCUGUAAUUUUUCCUAUUCAGGUAACAUUUGAACGAGAAGUUGAAGGUCAGACUGCGCCAAAACAAAUUAAACGCCUUCUCUUUGGACCCAUGAAUCCUUACCCUCAAAAGAAGGUUCUUACAUUCAACAAACAUACUGAUGAUUUUUCAUUCAAUGUGAAAUAUGCAGACCUGGAUCACCUUUCAGAGGAGGAAGUAAAGAAUUUAGGCUCUCUCGACUUAAGGUCUGUUGCAUUGACUGGUGUCGCUGAUGUUCUGAAUAAACAUAAGGGGCCAAAUGCGGAAUCAAAGGGCAUUAAAGCACAUUUCUCUAUGGAUGAAAGUGGCAUUUUAAGUUUGGCUAAUGUUGAGUUGCUUGUAGAAAGGAAUUCUACUGAUGAUGAUGAAGAAUCAACGUUUUCUAAAUUAGGAAGCACUAUCAGCAAACUCUUCACAAAUCCAGAUGAAGCAGACUCAGACAAGGUGGGAGAAAAGCCUGCCUCUGAAGAGCCAGAGGAGGGUGGAGAGGAGAAAGAUGUUAAAGAUGGUAAGGAGAAGGACAAGAAAGAUGAGAAACAAGAUGAAGCCAAGAAGCAGGAAAAUAAAAGUGAAGAGAAAAAAGAGGAUUUGAAGAAAGAUGAGAGUGAAAAGAAAGUUGAGAAGAAGACUGUCACCAAGGUGCUCAAGGAGAAAAUAUCCACUGAGGAGGAAUCAUUGGGAGUCAUUCCUAUGAGCAAAGAGGCAAUGCAGGAAGCUUUCAAAAAGAUUCAAGUUUUGAAUGAAUAUGAUUUCCAACGCAACCGUCGUGAAAGUGCGCUGAACGCCUUGGAGAGCUAUGUAUUUGAUGCUCAGAACAAACUAGAGGAAGAGGAUUUCCAAUCAGCAGCUACAAGUGAAGAAAUUGAGAAAAUUAGACAGGGAUGCUCUGAGGUCUCAGAUUGGUUGUAUGAAGAUGGAGCCACUGCGGAUGCCGAUGCUUAUGAAACUAAACUGAAGGAUCUCCAGAAGCUCACCAAGGCCCUCUACCUCCGCGUGGGUGAGCACCGCGAGAGGCCCGAGGCAAUCGCCGCUCUGCGGCAGGUGCUCAAUGGCAGCUCUACAUUCUUGAAAGACGCCCGCAACGUGACGGCAGCCAAGCUCGAGGCAGAAGAAAAUUGGGUCUUCACCGAAGUGGAACUCACUACACUUGAAAAAUUGAUUAAGGAAACUGAGCAAUGGAUGGUUAAAAUGGAAAAGGAGCAAGCUGAGCAGAAACUUUCAGAGGCUCCCAAACUCUCCAUUAAAUCAAUUGGUGAAAAGAUUAAUGUCUUAGAUCGUGAAGUUAAAUAUCUAGUUAACAAAGCCAAGAUCUGGAGACCACCUAAGGCAAAGGAAGAAGUGAACAACGAUGCCAAGAACUCGACUGAGAAGAAGAAUGAAUCAAAGGAUACUAAGGAUGGAGAUGAUAAAGAAACAGUUACUGUCGAUGAUUCUCAAACAGAGGAUGCACCAACUAAAGAGGAAGCAUCAGACUCUUCAGAAAAGGAAAUACCAAAGCCAUCAAAAACAGAUGACACGCCAGAUGUACCACACUCAGAACUGUAGAGUACAAUUUUCUAGUAUCUGUAGGUGAAUAAUUUAACAUCAAGUUCUCAUUUUCAUGAGGUGAUUCUGUACAGUAGUAACAAUUUCACCUAUCCAUCAUAAAUCUUUUGUCUAUGAAGAGAGUACAAACGUGGAAGAUUUCACACGUAUAGAGUAUAUGAAUUCCAUUGUAAGUAUACCAGAUAGUGUGAUUUUUGUUGUAAGAUAUGGGAGUAAAUGGUUGCUUCAGUUGUGAAAUAGGCAACAGCUUAUAAGUUGCCGUAGUCUCCUCAUUAGGUACGUUACUUUUAUUUAAAAAUUCAAAUGUGCAUUGCCUUUUGACAAUACUGGCUUUGUUUGGGAAAGUGCAACUAAAUGGAGAAGGCUGAUCUUUUUUUCUUUUCCUCUUUAUCCCCCCCUCUUUAAAAAGCAACGUGGGAAACAAUGACAAGAGACUGACAACACCUUUUAAGAAUAAAGCAUAAUGAUUUGGGAAGCCUUGUCUACACUUAAUGUCCAAUAACCAUUACCUUAAUGGUUAGUCAAAUUUUGUUCAGAAAUUCAAUUGGGCACUGCAAUUUCGCAGUAGGAAAAUAUUCACUCUUCUUUUCUUACCAUCAUACUUCAAAUUUAUUUUUGUACAGUGCUUACCUUAACUAAUGUUUGACUUCCAUUUUACAUCCUUCCUUAUUUCAUCAUGUUUUUGACUUCUUUCUAUUUUUAAUGUGUAAUCACAGAAUAGCACAAGUAUCAUUCACAAGCAGUGGUGUGAUUAGCUCAUUUUUCAUUUAUAAAGUUCAUGCAUGGAAGGGAUUAUGUUUAUAUACCUGAGUGAUCAUAAGUGAAAAUAAUUGAAUAAUUACUUUUUUCCUUUGUGUACAAUCCAAAGUUUCUGUAUUUUUAAGAAAGAAAUCUUGCAUUUAGUUUGGUUUGGCCACAGUGGUAUCUUCAUUGCAAUUCAAUCUGAUUCACUAGGUCGUCUUUCCAUUAGCCACCAUGAACUUAAGUUUAGAUUGUACAAUUGUGUGUUUGUUUAAUUUAUGUGUGAACUUAGAGUAGUAAAAUCCUAUCCUAAGUAAAGCUCGGAGUUGAUGUGUAUUUUCUGUUAAUAGUGUUAGAGAUAUGAGUGCAGCAAAGAUCAAUGAGUUGAUCACCAUGGUUUUUUUGGGUUUCUAUCUUCUCAAAUUUUACACCCCAUUUGGUAUACCUUUCUUUUUGUGACUGAGAAUCAGAUCAAUUUUCUCUUUUUCUGGAAUUGUCAUUGGUUAUAUGAUUCAGCUAGGAAGGUAAAGUUGUUGAACGAGUUCUUUCUUAUUCUUGACUCGGUUUGAUGGUCAAAUUGUGUAGUGUGAGUAGAGUUCUAUUGUGUGCUAAGAUAUAGAUGGAGCUUUAAACUUUAACAGUUACAUCUGUAUUUGAUUUCUGUGAUUACUCUGCAUAAUUAAUUUUACUGUGAAAAUGUUCAUGUAAUGUUAUUAAACACUGCUGAAAGAAAA